AUGAAAAAGGAAGAAUUCCGUUGUAAACAUUGUUUGGGAGACGGCAAGGUGUCUAGUAGCAGUACCGAUGUGCUGCAUAAAGAAAUUGAUUGCCUUACACGAGAAAAGCAAUUGCUAGAAAAGUAUGUGAGUGAACUAGAAUUUUCUAAUACUAUUUUGAAAUCUAAAACGCCUGCUGUUUCCUCUACACUGAAUUCGGCUGUUGGUUUUUUUCCGAACUCGUCGUUGGUAAACACAUACUCGCAAGCAGCAAAAAAAGUCUCGCCAUCAGCUGUGCUAGUUAUUAAACCCACUGACAUAAACAUGGGGAACGCAAAAUUGGAGCAGGAGCUGAAGUCUAAAUUCAGGCCGAGUCAACUAAAUGCGAAUGUUACUGGUACUAGACUCAUUAGGGAUGGCGUGCUAGUCAACUGUGCUGAUGUCAAGUCGCUUCAAAAUUUGAAAGAUGGUCUCAAGAGGCAAGCUGGAAAUGCAUUUAAUGUUUAUGAGCCGAAAAAACUUCGUCCGAAGAUUGUAGUCUACAUAUUGGAUUUUGACUUUGAUGUUAUGUGCGUUUCUGAAACUUGGUUGAACAGUGAUAUCUCUAGUGGAGCAGUUGGUAUUCCAGGAUUCUCUUUACUUAGAAAUGAUCGCUCUACCAGGGGUGGAGGAGUUGGGAUCUAUUUUAAAAACUCUAUGGCUUGCAAGCAAAUACUUCAAGAUUUUGAUGGUUUUCUGGGAAUUGAGCACAUCUGGUUGUCUAUAAAAACGCAUGACUUAGUAAAUUUACCUUGGAAUGAUAUUUUCUAUAUAAAUAAUCUCGAUGAUAAAGUAGCGCUGUUUAAUAAUCUAAUAGUCGAUCUUUUUGACAGACAUGCCCCUGUUAGAACCUCUCGCAUAACAAAACCUUUUGCUCCGUGGGUUACCCCUAACCUCAAAGCUAUGAUGAAAAAAAGGGAUCAAGCUUUGCAAAAUGGACUACAGGAGUAUAGAAAACGUCAGAAACAAAAACCUAAAGCAAAUAGAGACACAUUAAGAAGUGGCUGGCACAGAUUGCGGUCAGUACGAGCUAAGCUGCCUCUGUUUCCUGUUUCCUAA